GGCGGCUGUAGUGGUAGUAGCAGCAGCAGCCGCCGCCGCUGCUGCUGCUGCUGGAGCGACUUGGCUGAUCUGCCCAGCAGCUGCAGCGGGCCCCUUGUCGGCUCGCCUUUGCGCCCCCCACUUUCAACCGGUGCCUGGCUUGGAUUUGGAAGUAAAACGACCAGAGAGAGCAUCUGUCAAGCUGGAAUGUUUCCGCUUCUCAAGACCUCAGGAUAAGAGAGCUUAAAGGAACAGUAUACAUUUUAACAAGAUCGUUGCUACAAAUACUCAUAGGAUUUGCUGUUCUAGAGCUUGUGUUGAGUUACCUUUUCUGACUAGUCACCAUGAAUGUGACAAGCUUGUUCUCCUUCACCAGUCCAGCUGUUAAAAGACUCUUGGGAUGGAAGCAGGGGGAUGAAGAGGAGAAAUGGGCAGAGAAAGCUGUUGAUGCCCUAGUUAAAAAACUGAAGAAGAAGAAAGGAGCCAUGGAAGAGCUGGAGAAAGCAUUAAGCUGCCCAGGCCAGCCUAGCAAUUGUGUCACAAUUCCUCGUUCUUUAGAUGGCAGACUUCAGGUUUCUCAUCGGAAGGGUCUGCCCCAUGUAAUUUAUUGCCGUGUGUGGCGCUGGCCAGACCUGCAGAGCCACCAUGAACUUAAACCACUGGAAUGCUGUGAGUUUCCCUUUGGUUCAAAGCAGAAAGAAGUUUGCAUAAAUCCCUAUCAUUAUAAGCGGGUGGAAAGUCCCGUUCUUCCUCCAGUGCUUGUUCCAAGACACAGUGAAUACAACCCUCAGCACAGUCUCUUGGCUCAGUUUCGCAACUUGGGACAAAAUGAGCCUCACAUGCCACACAAUGCUACUUUCCCAGACUCGUUCCAGCAACCCAACAGCCACCCAUUCCCUCAUUCACCCAGCAGCAGCUAUCCAAACUCCCCUGGAAGCAGCAGUGGCACCUAUCCUCACUCGCCUGCCAGUUCUGACCCAGGAAGUCCUUUCCAGAUGCCAGCUGAUACUCCCCCUCCUGCUUACCUGCCUCCAGAAGAUCAGAUGACACAGGAUGGUUCACAGCCAAUGGACACCAACAUGAUGGCACCUUCAAUUCCUCCAGAAGUAAACAGAGGAGAUGUUCAGGCAGUUGCCUAUGAAGAACCCAAACACUGGUGCUCUAUUGUCUACUAUGAGCUCAACAAUCGCGUUGGAGAGGCAUUUCAUGCCUCUUCCACGAGUGUCUUGGUGGAUGGAUUCACUGAUCCUUCAAACAACAAGAACAGGUUUUGCCUAGGGCUGCUUUCUAACGUUAACCGGAAUUCCACCAUUGAGAACACCAGGCGGCAUAUUGGCAAAGGAGUUCAUCUGUAUUAUGUUGGUGGAGAAGUUUAUGCAGAGUGCCUUAGUGACAGUAGCAUAUUUGUGCAAAGUCGAAAUUGCAAUUACCAUCAUGGCUUCCACCCAACCACAGUCUGCAAAAUUCCAAGUGGUUGCAGUUUGAAGAUCUUCAACAACCAAGAGUUUGCGCAACUUCUGGCUCAAUCUGUGAACCAUGGCUUUGAAACCGUGUAUGAACUCACAAAGAUGUGCACUAUCCGUAUGAGCUUUGUAAAGGAUCAAGUACCGUAUCUUAUGGACUAUAAGAUGCACUUUUUUCCUCGAAAAAUAGCCACCAAAAUUCAGGGCUGGGGAGCAGAAUAUCACCGGCAAGAUGUCACAAGCACACCAUGCUGGAUUGAGAUACAUUUGCAUGGCCCCCUUCAGUGGCUGGAUAAAGUUCUUACCCAGAUGGGCUCUCCUCAUAACCCAAUCUCUUCUGUGUCUUAAAUGAAUCUGAGCAGCUACUCUCUGGAAACGUGUUGAGCCUUGCAUGUACUUGAAGGAUGUAUGAGUCAGACACAUGUACAAAACUGGCAGCAGCCUUUAUUAUACUUGACUUCUGUGACCAACUGUUAGAUCAGGAAAAAAACCCACUAAUAAGUUGUUGGCAUUGAGGUUUUUUUUAGUUUACAAAGUAAUAUUAUCUUGCAAAUCUUUAUGCAGGGCAGUGUGUAAUAAUUGGGGAUGACCAAGUCAGUGUAAUCUGGACCCUGUUCCUCAAGCAAUCUGUACCUAGCGCACUAAGAUCCCCUUGUGUUGAACAUCCAUUGUAUUGUAUGUGACACUCAGGGGUCAAGAAAUGUUGACCCAAUUCACCAAACAGACAGAAUAUUUUACUCAUCAGAUGGUUCCUUGAGUUGGGUUGCUACAUUAUUUGUCAGGACUUGUUUCAUUAGACAUCAUUUUUCACUUCAUAGAUUCGUAGACUAGUGGAUUUUCUGAGCCCCUACAUUCAUUUUUUUUUUAAAAAAACAGCUUCCCACAAUAUUUAAAAGCCAUUGGUCUUGGUAAUAGUUGCUAUCCUCUGAAAAACUAAGGCUUUUGUAUAACCUUCUGAAAUUGUGUACUGACCAUACUGCUGCCAGAAUUUUUAGGUAUGCCCUUUGCUAAAUGUAUGUACAGUAUAUUUGGAAGUUAGAGAUGGACUAGCCUACAAAAAUUAGAUAGAUGAGGGAAGGGAGUGGGAAGGGAAGCUGACAAGGACAGAUAGAAUAAUACUGUAAACAUAGCUUGUUAAACAAGUCCAAGUCUUGCUGUGUGCAUUUCAUUUUUAUAGUGGCCUCAUCUUACUAACUGAUAUAUUUCUGCCCAUCCACAACUUUACAGAGCAGGGAUGGGCCAAUAAAUGCUUUUGUCAUGUACUGCAGGGUCUGUAUAUUUCAAGACAAAUUGUACAGCCUUUUCAGAUUCGGCAGUUUAAUGCAGUCACAUAACGGAAGUGAUUGUUUUCAUUUUGUAAGAGCUUUGUGUUUUGCCAGUUUAGCAGAUGUUAGCACAUGUUGGGAGGACUUAAAAAACUUCAAGUGUUUCAGACUUAAAGGUUGGUUUUUUGACCAUUUAAAUGUUUUCUUUCUGCUAAUGUUUUAUAUUCACUCAAGCUGUAGUACUUUUUCAGUAUUUUUUUAUUCCAAAACUUAGUGGUUCAUCUCUACUGGAAGUUCAAAUAAACCUAUUGCUUACUUUGAUUAAAA